CCAUGUGCUAACCCAGGACCUGACUUCCAGCCUCCUCAAAUCCCUGGAGUCUGCCGAUUCAACCUCAGUCUAGGAGAAUGUGCCUUUGGUGAAGCUGAGUGUGAGGGUGGUAUGGAGUACACAGAGUGUGGGUCCCUGUGUCCCCAAACAUGUGAGAGGCUGUUUGGUACCGAGGAGGACCAGCCACCCUGUCCGCCUCUCUGUGUGCCAGGCUGCUUCUGUCCCAAUGACAUGGUCAUCCACAAUGGCCAGUGCAUCCCACCAUCCCAGUGCCCUAGAGGUGAAGUUCUCUUUUCACGGGAUCUCACCCCUGCCGUUACCCCCUGUCGGGACUCAAUACUGCCAUGCAAUGGAAGUGUUCAGGCAUGCACCACACAAGAGGUGUAUGCAGCAUUUCAGUUUGGGCCUCCUCCU